AUGAGACACUUGCUCCAAUUUCCUUCUCCACCACUUCGUCCACGGUUGCUAGUCUCGUUCGCCGCUCAUAAAUCCUUAUCUUCUUCUUCAAUCCUAGAAACUGCCUCCACAACACCCCCAUGCUCCGAUUCCACCGAAGCUAACUCAACCUCGGAUCCCGAAAACACUGUCCGAUUACAGAAAAACCCCAUAUUCGAAGACACACGGCUAACCCAAGAAUAUGUCGUUGACGCCCUUUUAUUUUACUCCAACGACCCCGGGGCAGCUCUUGGGUACUUUGAGUGGGUCAAAAAACGACGAGGUUUCGUGCGAGAGAUUGGGGAUUCGUUUCUCGUGCUCCUUCACAUCCUCACAAGCUCCUCUAAUUAUCAUGGGAAUGCGAGUAAUAUGCUCAACAAUUACUUGGCCGGAAAUUUUUCCCCUUCGGGUGCUGUGCUUGUCGAUCGCCUUAUUAACUGUUCGGAGAAGUUUGGGUUUCAUAUAAAACCGAGGAUUUGCAGUUACUUGAUGAAUGGGUACGUUAGAGCAAACCGGUACAAAGAUGGGGAAGAUUGCUAUCGUGCACUUGUUUCUCGUGGUAUUAUGCUCACUCCCGUGAUUUUCAAUAAUUUCUUGAUUUCAUUAAUUCGGGCGGGUAUGGUCAAUGAGGCCCGCCGCUUGUUUAGAGAUACAGUUUUGAACAAAACGAGUUUGUGUGACCGUGCCACCAUUUACACGAUGAUGUGCUUGAGCUUGAGAGAAAGUAAGAUUGAGGAGGCUCAGAGCUAUUUUUUUCAUGCAAAGAAAAUUGGAAUUAAGCUUGAUGCUCCAGUCUAUUUUACUGCCAUUCGGGUUGCUUGUAUGCAGCUCAAUAGCUGCAUUGCUUUUGGGCUGUUGAGCGAGAUGAAGAAGAAGGGCUGGGUCCCGCCCAAAGGUACAUUUACGCAACUGAUUUGUAUGUGUGUGAAGCAGAGGAACAUGGAGGAUGCACUAAAGCUGAAGGAUGAGAUGAUUAACAGUGGACACUCGUUGAAUUUGGUGGUUGCUACUAGCCUAAUGAAGGGUUAUUAUCUGCAGGGUAAUUUGCAGAGCUCGUUGGCCUUGUUUAAUAAGAUUGUUGGGGAAGGACUUGUUCCAAACAAGGUCACUUAUGCAGUUGUCAUAGAAGGGUGCUGUGUGAAUAAAAACAUGAUUCAGGCGAAUGAGUUGUUUAAGCAAAUGAAAUCUGCAGGCAUUCGGCCUACAGUGUACAUUGUGAACUCAUUAAUUAGAGGCUUUCUAAAAACUCAAUCAACAGACAAGGCAAUGAAAGUAUUUGAUGAGGCUGUUGAGGAUGGUGUUGCUAAUGUCUUUACGUAUAAUAACCUUUUAUCCUGGUUUUGCCAGACGGGUAGGAUAGACGAUGCUAACAGGAUACUGGGAAAAAUGAUUGCUCGGGGGAUUGAACCUAGUGUAGUUUCGUACAACAAUAUGAUUCUAGGGAAUUGUAGAAAAGGAAAUAUGGAUGUGGCAUCCAAAUUACUUUCUGAAAUGACAGCACGGAACCUGAGAGCAAAUGUCGUCACAUACAGCAUAUUGAUCGAUGGAUAUUUCCGAAAAGGUGAAGCUGAAAAGGCCAGUGGGCUUUUCGACAAGAUGGUGAGCUUGGGAAUCACGCCCAAUGACUUCACGCGCAAUACAGUCAUUAAUGGUUUGUGCAAAGUCGGCAAAACCCAAAUCGCGAAAGGUAGGAUGGAGAAGUUUGUGUCCAUGGGUUUCAACCCUACUUGCAUGGCUUACAAUAGCCUCAUCGAUGGCUUUAUGAAGGAAGGAGAUGUUAAUUCGGCACUAUCUAUCUAUAAGGAGAUUUUCGGGGCCGGACUUGUUCCCAAUGUGGUCACCUACACAACUUUGAUCGACGGGCUAUGUAAAAUGAAAAAAAUCGAUCUUGCGCUGAAAAUGCAAGCUGAGAUGCGGAAAAGGGGUGUCGAAAUGGAUGUGAAAGCGUAUAAUGCACUCAUUGGUGCCUUCUGGCAAAGAAACGAUAUGAAGGCAGCUCAUGAGCUUUUUGACGAGAUUUCACAAGUUGGCCUUUCGCCAAAUAUCGGUGUUUACAACACAAUGAUUAGUGGUUUCAGGGGCUUGUACAAUAUGGAGUCGGCUCUCGACUUUUACGAGAGGAUGAAGAAUGAGGGUGUUCAGUGCGAUUUAGAAACUUACACAACUUUGAUCGAUGGGCUAUUUAAGGUCGGUAAAAUAGAGCUUGCAUUAGAGUUUUACCGCAAGAUGCUUGCUGGGGGUAUGUUGCCGGAUGUCAUUACAUAUUCUAUUUUAGUACGUGGACUCUGUAAUAAAGGACAGUUGGAGAAUGCCUGCAAGGUGCUUGAGGAAAUGGUCGAAAGAAAGAUAACACCUAACGUGCUAAUUUAUAAUACUCUGAUUGCCGGGUAUUUUAGGGAGGGUAAUCUGCAGGAGGCUUUUAGGCUUCAUGAAGAGAUGCUCGACAGGGGCCUCGUGCCAGAUGAUACGACUUAUGACAUUCUUGUGAGUCGGAAGUUUGAGGAGCAUAUUUCUCCAAAGAAAACUUUGAGUGCGUGA